AUGAAGUUCUUCGUUCCCUUGAGCCUGACGGUGCUACUGCUCACUGCUCAGCUUGCCAGCCUUCCCCUGGCGAUGGCAGCGUCGGUAGUCGGGGUCGAUGAGGUCAAGUCGCGUGACUCCACACCUGCUGAAAGCGGUAUGCUAACCCAGUACCCGAGGCUGGCGCGCUCGGCCAGCACGAGCUCAGACGGUCGCACAGGCGCGCAACAAGAGCGUGGUGAGAAAGGUCUAGCGAAGCGAAGUGGCCAAACGUUGAGCACCAUUAUCGAUCCUCCAGGUUCGCAGUCUUGCUACCAAGAAGGUGGAAUUUGCAGGCUUUGCAGUAACAGCCAGGUGGUCAAUUGCCUGAAAGACUGCUCUGGCGUGUGCGGCCCACCAUAA